UUAAAGGUUCAAUUUUUAUUUCACUUUACGCGGUAGCGCGUGGUUUGCGUUCUUAUCAGACCUGAAGUCAGAACAUAUACUCGAGUCUUGUCAGUUAUUUGUCGAUGAGAUAUGGAAUGCUUCUCUUUCUAUUCAAGUUGAUGACAUAAUCUUAUACAAUAUAAUCUAAAGUUCAGUUGCUUAUUCAAAGAUUAUGUCAGUUUUGGAAAAUCACGAUGGAAUUCGUGUUAACUGUCGAGCUUCCGAAGCCUCCAUUUUGUAUACAAAUUCAUAUUUAAUUGCUCCUCUAGACCAACUGGAAGAGGACAUUCUUAAAUCAGACCCAGACGUUCCUUCAACUGACGCACAGUUGAUUCGAUCUCAGUCACCCAGUCAUCAAAUCUACGAUAUGCUCGAUAAUACAGGCCUUCCUAACAACCCUCUGCAUAACAUACCAAGCUCUGAAUCUGAACCUGAAAUGUCAUUCAGAUCGAGACUCAGUGAUACAAACAAUUCUAAAUUCGAUGUUGACAUUAAACCUUCAUUUAUUUAUACCGACCACGACCAAACAGUCAAUCAGUCCUUUUUAACCGACUUACAUAGUCAUGCUGAUAUACACACAAAUUCUUCGAGUUCUAACUUCAAUUUAUGUACCAUAGCUAACUCGAUCCAUAAUGAUCAUUUUCAAGAGUUUGAUUACAGCAGACCACCCAAAUUUUCCCAUGUGUUAUCCGUCGAUACCGACAAACAUACUAUAUACUCUGAUAGUGGAGCAUCAGAAUCACUUACUCACAUGCUCGCUUCUGGGGAUUUGAAUGAACCACCUACAUCUUACUUAGCUCAAGUUACAAAAACGGAAGCAGCUUCUCCUACUGUUUCCCAAUCAUCAGUUAUGUUACUUGUUGAGGCAAACAGGACAGCAGUGAGUAAUACAGAAUGCUUUUCAACUUCAAUGCUUGAUGAAUUAUCGAGUCAAUCUUCUUCGGUUAAUUCAAGUACUCAGUUAUGUGUCAUUUGUGGUGAUAAGGCCAGUGGUAAACACUAUGGUGUGAUCUCAUGUGAAGGAUGUAAAGGUUUUUUUAAACGAACAGUACGGAAACAGUUACAAUAUGUUUGUCGUGAAUCUGGACAAUGUCCUGUAGAUCGACGAAAGCGCACCCGUUGUCAGUAUUGUCGCUUUGAGCAGUGCUUAGCAAAGGGUAUGAAAAAAGAAGCUGUUCAAGAAGAGCGUCAUCGCCAACCACCGCCUACUCCUGUACCUUCAUUCACCAAAACUGUAAAGUACGAAAAGAGAGGUCGUGGACGUCGCCCAUCAAAUAUUAUCAAAUCUGUUGAGUUGGUUACUACUAGUCAGGAUUCAGUUGUUAACCAGAAUUCUACAGUGAAUGUGACAACAGCUACUACCACUACUAUUAAUACAACGAAUACGUCUAAUACUGAACCUAUACAAAUUGAUCAUAUUAAACCGGAGAGUUCUCCUGUUUGUACUGAUUCUAAUAGUGUGAUAUCUGAAAAUACAGAAAUGCCUGUCUUAACAUUACGAUGCCUACUUUCAGCCGAAUUAAGUAUGGAUCCUAAGUUGGCUCUAUCUGAGAGAGGUGAAGCGAUCUAUGAAGACAUUCCCGGUGAUGAUGAUGCAGGCUUGCAUCCACUUACUAUAAUCUGUCAGUCUAUUGAGCAGCAGUUACCUCGAAUUGUUAAUUGGGCACGUCAAUUGCCAGUUUUCUCAUCUACCUAUCUCACUGCAGAUGAUCAGUUCUGUUUAAUAAAAGCUGCAUGGCCUGAACUAGUCCUAAUCAGUUCAGCCUAUCAUUCAACUGUCAUCAGAGAUGGUUUACUUUUAUCAAACGGACGUCAUCUUGGGAGGGAAGUGGCAAGAACACAUGGUCUAGGUCCACUUGUUGAUCGAAUCCUUCAUGAACUCGUUGCACGUUUUCGUGAUUUAUCGCUGCAAAGAACUGAAUUAGCCCUGUUGCGCUCUAUUAUUCUUUUUAAUCCGGACGCUAAUGGGUUAUUAUCACGUCAUCGUGUAGAAGCUGUUCGAGAACAACUUUAUUCAGCCCUUCAUUCUUAUUGUACAACAAAUCAACCUCAAGAUACUUCUCGAUUUACAAAAUUGUUGCUAAGACUACCUCCUUUACGAUCCAUUGCGUACAAGUGCCUUGAACACUUAGUAUUUGUUAAACUAGCUGCUGAAGAUCCAACAAGCUGUCGUCUAAUCAAUCUUAUUGAACACGGUAUUUGGCCUAUACAAGAAAAAAGUUUUGAUCCACCCACAAUUCCUGUUACAACAUCUAUUAAUCCGAUACCAAAUAAUAAUGUGAUACCACAUGCUCAUCAGUACAUUUACCAAAGUCAGGAUAGUAACAAUCCUCAACCAUCAAGUAGUCAUAUAGAUGUUUCCUAUAACAACACACUGCCAAAUUUUCAAACGCAUCAGAAUAAUUACCCGUUUUGUGAAUAAAUGUAUAUUGAAAAAUUAGUUAUUGUAACACUCCACGUAGGGUAAUAUUGGAGGAUAUGGAGUGUUACAGUAACUGAUUUUUCAAUAUACAUUUAUUCACAAAACGGGUAAUUAUUCUGAUGCGUUUAAAAAUUUGGCAGUAUGUUGCCAUAUGAAACAUCUGCAUAACUGCUUGAUGAUAAAGGGAUCUUAUAAUAUACCGAACGACUACCUCGUCACAUACAUCCAUAUUCUCUUGAUAACUGAUUAAUUUUGUCACGAUGAAUAUUUUUUUUAAUGUUUCCUUUAAGUAGGCUGAGUGAAAAAUUUUUUAGUCAUGUUGAAUCUCAUGUUUUUGUAUAUGGAUAAAUUAGGUGUUCGGUGCUUUUUUGGUCACUAUGAUAUUCAUUUAGCUUCCUUUCUUUUUUCCCCCUCGAUUUUCAUACUCUUUGCAUACAAUAGAAUUCCUCUUUUUCUUUUACUGAAGAUUACCUAUGUAUCACGAUUUAUCUUAUUUUUGGUAUGAUUCCUAGUUUUGUAUACUUAGUAAGUUUGUAUAUACUACAUACAUAAAUUGAGUCUCGGUUCG